AGUCUUUCUGGCCGGCAGACAUCUUCGCAAACGGGUGGGAGUAACCGUACGGGAAUGUGUAUUUAACCAGCAACCGGUAUGGUUUCGAGACUUAGUUUCCGACACUUACGACACGCGCCAUAGAAAGUGAAGUUGCUGUACAAUUUGUUGUUUUAGACCGUCUUUUUCCCUACGUGUGAGAAAUUCCGUGCUUGUGUGUGUGUUUGUUUUGUGAGAGUUUUAUUCUAAAAAAGUUUCAAAAUCAAAACACCGUUACGACAAUGGCCACGAUCAAAUCGUGUUCGUGUCUAGUAGCGCUGUUGCUACUGCAACUGUCAUCAUCAGCGUACGCGCAGCUGUCAUUCCACAACGAUCCCUCCCAGAACAGCUUCUCGAUCAAGCUGCCUGCCUUCCAGCAAUCGUUCACGCGUUACUUCGGCAAUCAACCGCAGGGUGCGCUGUUGCAACAACAGCAACAGCAGCAGCAACAACCGCUACAGCAACAAAUUCCAAGCACCCUGACGCAUCCGUCACUCAUCGGCAGUCAGGCACAGGCUUAUCAGCAGCAGCAACAGCAACAGCAACCGUUGUAUUAUCAGCAGCCAGCAGCUCAUCAGCAAUCGCAGCAAGAGGGUCUAAAUCGUUACGUGGCUCAGUUCCCGGAUCAACCGCACUACACCGUCCAGGAGAACUACAUUAAUCCUAAUAUUCGUCUACGUCUGCAACAGCAGCGGCUUCUUCAGCAGCAACAGCAAACCAACAACUAUCAAGGAUUUACCCAGUCGAUUCCUACUGGACAGGAUGCGAGUGCCUACGCAACUCCCAACUCCCAGCAACAACAGCCACAGUACGAGUACGUCCAGCAGACUUCCGGUGGUUCGGAUGCGCAACAGGACCAGACGGUUCAGCCACAGUAUCAACCAGCAGCAGGACAGUUCGGUGUGCGAGGACAUCAGCAACAGCCAGGUAGUGAGGGUGACUCCUCCACUACAGCAAAGCUGAUCGGUGUUGCCUACUCUCCCUCCAACGAGGUGUCCCAGGUGAAGUUUAGCAGUGCCGGGCUGAAGUACAACUUCUAGAAUACAUGAGAAUGAAGCAGUUUGCUUUUCGUUUAGUUAAUUUUGGAGUGUUUAAAGAAAAAAAUAUAUACUAUUACUGUUCACAAUAAAAUUGCCUUAUGUUAU